GUUUUACAAACACACAACCCUUCUACUUAAUUAUAUUUAAUUAAUUGCUUAACAUAACAAUUCGAGGCGUUGGACACAAGUCUAUUUUAAAUACCUACAUCAUUUUACAAAUCGCUCUGGGCAAACAUGAUGUGUUUUUAAAAUUAUAAACGAGGAAAGCAGACGAGCAUCAGUUGCAGACGACAUUUGAGCCAGGUACGCAAACGCGCGUGUACUCUGUUGAACUUCUUCUGCCAUCACGUGCAAAUCAACCAUUCUGAGUGUUACAUUGUUUUUCGUCUGGUGUGUGGUUUUGAAGAAGUGCUAGGUUAGCUCGCCGUUCUUUUUUUCUGUACUUUGUUGUGGAUUAUUAUUAAUAAUAUUCAAAGAACAUAAUAGUAAAGGGAUUUUCGAUAUUUUCGACUGUGCAGCGUCUGUAACCGAGCUGGCUCAUUAAAUCUUGUUUGGAUAAAGACAGUUUUAAUAGACGAUUUACCAAAAUAUUGUGAUAAUGAAAUAUUCGCUGACGUCUGGAGAGUGCAAUAGUCCGAAGAGUCCCGAAGUUGUGAUUUUCCCGCCAAAAUUUACAAAAUCAGACCCGUUCACAGUUCCGAAGCAGGUGUUCGACCCUACAAGUCAACAAGUAAAAACCAAGCCAGACACCACCCUUACUCUUGAGAUCAACAAUCCUUAUACUCAGGUUGGAUCUUCAACAGCGGAUCUCUUAUCUCAGGACAGUGUUCAGUCCUCCGGGUACAUGACAUUAGAAUUCGAUCCACAGAGGAACAUGGAUGUGGAAUCCAACGGUAUGCGCAACAAAGAUUGCGAGUCGACGGGAAGCUCAGCUGGUGGCGUAGAUAAACAGUGCGUUUCAAAGUGUUCAUUUUAUAUUAUAACUGCUUUGGCGAUAUUAGCCACCUUAAUAGCUUCUGUAAGCAUUAUGUUAACAAUAAAUCUGUGGUCAAAAUAUGAAGAACUCAACAAGAAGUUGAAUGAAACGCAGGUGUCAUAUUCACUUGCGCAACAGGAUCUUCAUACGUGUCUUCCAUGCGCAGAACUUUCUCAGGGACCUUUCGAGGAGGAAAAUGAAGACCUUAAACAACUGAUUAAAAGAGAAGAAAACGGCGUUCCGACUUGCUGUGCAAAAACUGCUGCACAAUUCUCAACAAUACUGAAUCUAUUUGCUAAACGAAAGCGUAUGGAAUCAUGUGCUCAAGAAUCACUCGAAAAAGAGAAUAUAACUGCCUCUUGCAACUUGUCCACGCCCUCUUCGCCUGGCAUACCACCUGCUAGAGCCAAUGGCAGCAUCUCCGCCCAUCUGGUUAUGGGUGAAAAACAAAGCGGAAAAGGUGAUGAAUAUCAUCCAAUCAGACAUUGGCGUCAAGGUUUGCCCGGCACUCAUAUGUCUUAUAUCAGGAUGAAGUCCGAGAAUAGUCGAAUAAUUGUACCGGAAACUGGUCUGUACUAUUUAUACAGCCAAGCAGGUUUCUUGAUAUAUUACGACAACAAUGACGAGAAUACACAUUCGACACAGUCACUGUUCCACGCCAUCUACCGUUACAACGCCAUCUAUCCCCUAGAUGGUAAUGAAGAACUCAUGCGUAGCGUCAUCACACAAUGCUGGGAGAAACAAAAGGAUUAUGGGAGAUACACAAGCUACGUUGGUGCGGCUGUAAGACUACACAAGGGGGACGAACUGUAUGUGAAGGUAUCAAGAAUUCAAGACGUUACUACAGAAGCAUCAAGGACAUAUUUUGGAAUGUUCAAACUAUGAACACAGCAAUAAUUGUUUUGUUUUACAAACACUGUACAAGUAGGAGGCAAUUGCUGGCAAUUGUACUUCUAGUUUGCUCAAAAGAAUAUUUGUUUUUCCAAAUACUUUUGAAAACGUCGCUGGCCGACACAUUAGUUAAUCUUGAACUCUCUUUUUAUGAGAAGAUUAAACAGAUAGUGCAAAAUCAUGCUCAGUCUCGCCAUUGGGUAUGUUAUUUAAACUACAAAUAUCCAGCAUUUAAGUGCGGAUAUGGGUUUAGAUGGUGAGAAAGUGCUUAAAGCACGCUUUGGAGACGAGAAUACCGGUUAAUAUCAGAUAUAUUGUACAUUCCUGAAAAAGUUUUACUCAAUCGUCACUCAAAGUGACGACUUGCUAAGAAAUGUUCGGUUGUUGAACAUUUCUAUAUUAACACAAUUGCAUUGGUAGUGGUUGACCACGUACAUUUUGCCAUCAAUGUUUGUUAUAUAUAUAUCAUAAAUGAUCUCGUUAUGUUGUACCAGUGAUAAUGUAAAGAAGAUAACUCUUUAAAUAGUUGAGUUUAGACCAAAUGAGAUUCGUAAGAGAAUACAUCCAAGUGGAAUGUACCCACACCAUCACCGCCCAAGAGAGUUAACAGCAGGCUGUCUAAUCAACGUCCUCAUAUGCCAUUUUAGAAAGAAAGAAUGUGUUCAUAUUUAAAAUCAAAGGAACAUUGUAAUCGGUUAUGUAACUAAGAAGGUAAAAAAGCAUAUUUUAUCAUGGUUUUAGUUUCGCUACGUGAGUAUUUUUAUUGACGCACGUUCCAAUCGCUGAUACAAUACAAUGUGUUCCUAUGUUUCGAGAGCGUGAGAGCAGUGGAGGAGGGGUAGAGGGGAAUGUAUUGCCGACCGUGCCUUUACGAUUACGCCAAAAACCAUCAAAAUAGCUGUGAUAUUUAAUGAAAUACUUGCUGUAUACUUUAUUGUUCUACAACUAUAUUAUAGCCAUAUAUAUGUAUUAAUAAUAAUGUUUAGUAUAAAUGCAUUUUUUCGUAUAUUUGAUAGUAAUGAAAGUAUAAGAAAAUGAAAUUUUCUAACAGUGCUUUUCUUGAACAAUGCAAUUUUAAAUGAUUUGUACAUCCCUGAUUGCAGAAAAUUUAGAAAUUUAGAAUUUCUAUGUGUUGUAAAAAUGAAUGUUUAUAUCUAUUUGUUUUGUAUGGAUAAAAUGACUAUUUUGUUGUGUAUGGUUUAUAAAUAAUGUUCCUUUAUAUUGAAAUAUAUAUUAAAAGAUAUGUCAAAAUU